AUACCCACCCCCUUCUAAGCUCGCUUCUCCACCGUCUAACUUGCUUCAUUGGAUUCAAACAUUGAUGCCUGCAAUUGUUUUGUUAUUAUUUGUUGGUCUCUGUUGUAUUUAUACCUGCAAACCCUUCUCUGUUACCUUGCUUCUUGGUUUUUGGUGAAAAUAGUGACUGUGAAACCAAUAUAAAGAGGAAACAAGUUCGAGUUCUGAUUUUUUUCUGCUUCUCUCUACUUAUCUCUUUUAUUUUCCUUUCGGGUAAACAGAAAAUUAAAUUCUUGACAUGGUUCUUACCUUGUUUCUUGAUAGUUGAGCAGUCCCUCUUCCCCCACAAACCUGGUUCGUAUUGGUACUCCAUUGCCCUGGCUGUUUUUCUCAUUUUUCAGUGAGGAUUAUAGCAUCAGAGGCAGGCAUCUUUUGAAUUUAAAAGUUGUGUGUGUGUGUGUGUCUGAGGAAAAAGUGAUGCUGUUUUACUUCAUUUUCGAAGCUUAGCAUUUUCUUCUCUUUGAGUAAUAUGGCAUCAGAACAAGGGGUGGUUAAUCAACAGGGCCUCCUAACCCUAACACCAUCUGGUCGUACUAUUGAAACUGGUGAAGUUCCUAAUGUGCCCAAAGUCGAUUGGUCCAAGUACUCAAAACGGGUAGUUUUGAGGUCAAUUCUUGGUCGCAGUGAUGGAGGGCUAGGUUUAGUUGGGUCGAGAGUCGUGAUCGGGGGUUGGGUGAAAUCCGGUAGAGAAGCACAUGUUGGGUGGCUUAAAACUGCUCCUGAUCCUUCUCCUGCUCCUCCUUCCCCCUUCAAAGACCUAACUUGUGUUCAGAACAUUCAGCAAAGCAUACCCAACUGUUUGCGUUCUAUCCUUAGGCUUGACGUGGGAGGUAAUAUCCCUCUUGCCUUUAAUAAUGUUAAUGGCGUUGGAUCGAAACAAGAUAGUGUUGUGCCAACAAAAAGUGUCCCACGUGUUGCUCAGUUGCAAGUAAAUGAUGGUUCUUGUGCUUCAAGUCUCCAGGUGGUGGUUGAAGCUUCCAUAACACCACCCGGCCAAGUUAUACCCAUUGGAACAUCUAUUUUAGCCGAAGGUGUGCUAAGGCAGUCAUCUACUUCUUCAAAGCGCAGUAUAGAGCUUAAAGUGGAGAAAAUUUUCCAUGUUGGGACUGUUGAUUCUACCAAGUAUCCAAUAACAAAGACUAAAUUGCCCUUAGAUUUCCUAAGGAGUUAUUCACACAUCCGGCCCCGAACGAAUACGAUUGCCUCUGUUACUCGAAUACGCAAUUCUCUCGCUUAUGCAACCCAUACAUUCUUUCAGAAUCAUGGGUUCCUAUAUGUGCACACUCCCAUUAUCACUACUAGUAAUGCUAGAGGCACUUGUGAGAUGUUUCAAGUUACAAAUUUAUUCAGUGAAGCAGAUAGAAUUGAGGAGCUAGAAGUAGUGAGACAACAUGAGGAGGCUAAUCUUAAAGUUGCAAGGGCUGCCAUCAAGGAGAAGAGUGAUAGGAUUGAGGAGUUAAAAAGAAGUAACAGCAAUAAGGAAGCAUGGUAUGCUGCAGAACAAGAUCUCAAAAAGACAAAACAGUUGGCAUCACAAAUGGAAGAACGUCUCAAGUCAGAAUCUGGAACUGCAUAUAAACUUUAUAAGAUUGACUUUUCUAGAGAUUUCUUUUCUCGUCAGGCAUAUUUAACUGUAUCUGGUCAGCUUCAUCUGGAGAGCUAUGCAUGCGCCCUCGGAAAUGUUUAUACAUUUGGGCCUACUUUUCGUGCUGAAAAAUCUGAAUCUACGAGGCAUUUAGCUGAGUUUUGGAUGGUAGAGCCAGAAAUGGCUUUUGCAGAAUUAGAGGAUGCCAUGAACUGUGCGGAAGACUACGUGAAGUUUCUUUGCCAAUGGCUAAUUGACAACUGUUUGGAAGACAUGAAACUGAUGUCAAAACUGAUCGACAAGAACAUUUUCGAUCGCCUACGUUUGGUGGCAUCCAGUUCAUUUGAAAGGAUCACAUAUACAAAAGCAGUUGAGCUUCUGAAGGUUGCAGAGAAACCUUUUCAAUCAAAUAUUGAGUGGGGAGUAUGCUUAACUGAAGAACAUGAGAGUUCUUAUUUUGCUUGCAGAUAUCUGUCUGAUGAUGUUUACAAAAGACCCAUCAUUAUAUGCAAUCAUCCAAAAGAUAUUAAACCAUUUUAUGUGCGUCUAAAUGAUGACAGGAGAACAGUCGCAGCAAUUGAUGUUAUUGUACCUAAGGUUGGUGCCUUGAUUAGAGGAAGUCAAAGGGAGGAGCGUUUUGAUAUUAUGGAUAAGAGGAUUCAAGAGCUGGGUUUCCCAAGGGAUCCAUAUGAGUGGUAUCUGGACCUUCGGAAGCAUGGCACCGUGAAACACAGUGGAUUCAGUCUUGGGUUUGAGCAGAUGGUGCUCUUUGCCACUGGCCUUGCUAAUGUUAGAGAUUCGAUUCCCUUUCCAAGAUUUUGUGGCAAACUCGGGGGGCCGUACAUUACCACCUCUUCCACCUGAAGAGCCACUCCCUUACGGAUUACAACUUUUUCAUAUGAAUAUGAAUACUAAUACAACUCAUGCAUCUCACAAAUCAAAACAAAAAACCUCAAUGGACUUAGUUCCUUUUUCAUCUGAGUCUCUUAUGCUCAGCCAACCUUUUUUACCAAUACAACCAAUGUCUCCACUUAGAUUCACCAAUGUACCAGAAUAUUUUAUUCAAAGUCCAAAACAUAAUACACCAAGUCCUGCUUUGUCUCCAGCCCCAACCCCAAAUAAGCCAACUUGCUCAGUACCUAAAUCUACUUAGAUAGAUAAUGCUUUUCUAGCUGAUAUUCCCAUCGAUGACAAACACAUUCACAUUGACCCACAUAAAUUAGCUCCCUUUUACCUUCAAAACCAUUUAAACCCAAUCAAUGGUAUCAAAACCCGUGAAUGGUAUGAAUCCAUUUUAAUGGAAACAGGAUCAGUUUCCAUUGUUCAUUUCUUUAAAGGAAAUACAAACCUGUAUGCUUAUUCUAAGCUACAGAUCAAAAAAUUACUUACUUAUAAGGAUUGAGGUAAUAACCCCACGCAAGGGAAAAAACUAUUAAAUACUGAAUACCAAUACAAAUAUUUUCGGUAUGCUGAAUACAUUGAAGCCUGGCAUAAAGUCUUUUUAUACCAGAAUCCUAAUAAUACUCAUUCCUGGUACAUACAGUUCAAAAUGCCUAUCCUUGAAAGGUUUCCUAGCUGGUUCCGUCAUUGGUUCCUUAUCUGGGGAUCUUCUACCUAAAUACUACCAGACAACUUCCAAGCCUUCCAAAAUAAAUUUGCUGAACAUAAUACUUGUACAGAUUUGGUAGACUACCAUCUUUAUUUCAUGUCCAUAUAUCAAAUACCUUGGAUUUGCAAAUGGGAGUAUGCUAUUUCUGAAAAUAAUUCGAAUAAUUAUACAUACAUUCCCCAUCUUGGAAAAACAAUUAAAAUCAAAUGAUGGGAUAUAUUUAGCAUAGAUCCACGUACUUAUCCUCUCAAAUUGAUUCCUCCAUCCUCUGAGGUGUAUAAUACUUCUGCUCAUAAUACUGCACCCAAUACUGUUGACCUACAUACUUUCUCUUCUUAUAUUAAGCAAAUGAAACAAGCCUAUCAUCAUGCUACUUUUGCUGAAUUAGAACAACAACUCUUUGGAAUUUUUGCUGAACUUUCUACAGUACCGGCGACAUCAGAAGAAACAGUCCAAUCUGGUAAUCCCUUAUUAGAGGAUUUCAGUAAAAAAUCAGACCCGUAGGCCCAAUAAUCCAUAAUAUCUUAUCUCCAUAAUAUCUUAUCUACAAUAUAUCCCAUAUCUGAUAUAAUCCUCUCUUUCACUUGAUAAGACUUGAUAUGACCUGCUAAACAAUAAAAGCAAGAUUCUUUCGUACGAUAAGACCGCUGUAUAGUAAACUCCUUACCCCAGUAAUCGCCACGUAUCAAGACAAGACCCCAAAUGCAGUGUUACAAGAUUCCGUUUUGAUUUGACUAAAUAUUUGUCGCAUCAAUGCCUUCAUCGAUCUUUCGUCGACCAAUGAGAAACAACCACGUUCCCGACAAGGCCCCGACAUUUCUGCGUCACGACAACAGCCCUUAUCUAUACAGCAUCUUUACAUCACAUCACCGAUGCGUCCUCACUCCUUCUCUUUCAGCCAUCACCUUCAGCCAGCUCACCUGAAGAUAAGAAUGAAUCACAGACGCAUCCCAGCCAUCCACCUGUUGCACAUCGACGCAUCCAUGCAUCUAUAAAUACCACCUCCUUCAACAAAGAAAGUAGGUCGAGUUUCAAGGACGCCAUAUGAGAAGACCUUUUUCAUCACAUCCUUGAGUCAUCUCUUCCUCAUCUCUUUUCUCUUUCUCUUUUCUUUUCUACUGUAAAUUCUCAUACAGUAGGUUUGCUUUCAUAACAGUCCUGUAUAAGCGACAUACCGUUGGUAACCUCUAUUACUCUGUAAUUUUAAAUGUGUGAUUGUAAUAUCCCUUCUCUUCCCUCUUACUGUCCUUCUGAAUGGCGUAUCUUCUCCAGUUAUUGUCUUUGUAAACAGUGAGUUGCAAUAUUCUAUUAAGUUUUAAAUAGAUCGUGGAUUGUCUUAAA